AUGUUUCCAGGCCGAGCUGGCUGCUUGGAAAAACAGGCCUGGGGCCCGAGUGCUGCUGCUAAGGUAACCCUGCGUGUGCACCCCGAAGCAGCCCCUGGUCCCGCUCUUUGCUUCCCAAGAGGGCUGCCCGCCGGUGCUGGUGCCGUCUCCAUCGCCGUCGUGGGCGUCUCCCCUUUGUCUCUGGCAACCACUUCUCCACGGAGCCUGAAGGGGGAGACGUCAGGAGACGGAGACGGAGCCGGAGGCAGCGGCGGCGGCGGCGGCAGGGCAAGAAGCAGCAGCAGCAGCGGGACAAAGGGGCCGUCGCGGGGGGAGCGGAAGCGAAUCGGAACCGGAGUCUGUCCGCCCUGGGAAGCGAAGCGGAGAAGCUGCACCGGGAGGCGGAGGCGGCGGCGCAGGGCGGGGAGCGAAACCGGUUUCCAGCUUUGCAAAGCCUCAGAAGGAGGAGGAGGAGGAGGAGGAUCGGGAGCGCCGCUGGCUCGGGUUCGGCGCCCGCGAGCCGGCCUUUCGGAGCCAGGGCAGGGCGGCGGCGAGCCCCCGACCCAGCUGCCCCCCGGCGGGGAGAGGGGAGAGCCCCGGGUCUGGGCUGCGCCCGCACGUGCUCCGCCGGCGGCUCGGUUGUGGGGCCGGUUCCGGGCAGCUCCCGAUCCCCACGGCCAGGGCUGGGCUGGACUGACUGAGGAGCGGAAACCGGAGCGAGUCCGGUUCGGGAGCGGAUCCAGUUUCUGGGCGCAGCACGUGGUGCCGGUCGGAGGAGGAGGAGGAGGGGGAGACCUCCGGAGCCCGCAAGCGGAGUCACUUCUCCGGGGCGUCGGGGGCGCUCCGGUUCGGAUGGCGGCGCCUUGCAGCCCGGAGAGCGGCCCGGCGGCGGCGGCGGCGGCGGCAGCUGGGGGGACGGGGCCCCGGGUGUACUUCCAGAGCCCCCCCGCCGGAGAGGGGACCACGGAGGAAGAGGAGGGCCCGGUCCGGCGCCAGGGCAGAGUCACGGUGAAAUACGAUCGCAAAGAGCUGCGCAAGCGGCUCCACUUGGAGGAAUGGAUCCUGGAGCAGCUGACGGUCCUCUACGACUGCCAGGAAGAAGAGAUCCCGGAACUGGAAAUAGACGUGGACGAGCUGCUGGACAUGGAAAGCGACGAGUCUCGGAGCGCCAGGGUGAAGGAGCUCUUGGUUGACUGUUACAAGCCCACAGAGGUGUUUGUGGCAGACCUGCUAGAUAAGAUCCGCGGAAUGCAGAAAUUAAGCACUCCCCAGAAGAAAUGAAAAUGGCUGGUGGCGGUGAUCUCCCAGGACUGCCCGCCCUCCCUCUUCUCUGGGGGGGGGGGUCAUUGAUUGAAGCUUUGGCGAUGCCGGGAUUGGAGGGAGGGGUCUUUGCACAGUGGACAGGGAGGCUGGUGGAGAGCCAGUUACGGCCCCCUGCGAGGGAGGGGAGACCCUCCUCCGGGGAUGCUUUGAUAAUCACAACCAUCUGGACACCUUUUUAGCAAUAUAUCCAUUUGUCCCUCCCUGGCCCCUUUCUACCUGUGAGCAGGGGGGGGCAAAGGAAUGUUUGUUCUCCAGGGGGGGAGAGAGACAGAUAAACGACAAAAAAAAAAAUUGUAGGAUCUUGAAAUUUUUUUUUUUUAGACGGUUUGGGUUCUUUCUCUUUUUUUAAAAAAAAAACUAUUGUGUUUUUAUAUAAAUUUAAUAAAGGCGCUUUGAAAACCGGG